CCCGGGCGCUGCCGGAUUAACGGCGCGGUGUUGAGCUCAUUUCCGCCGGGCUCCGGGACGCUGCGGGAAAUGGAGGACGGGCCGGGCGCCAGGCCGGGCCUGCAGCUGCUGGGAACCGACGGGCCCGGCCUGGACUCGCUGCUGCUGCUGCUCAUGGCCCGAGUGCCGCCGCCGCCGCCGCGGGGCGCCCUGCCCGCCGUGCCCGCCGUGCCCGGGGGCGUCGUGCAGCCCGCAGAGCCCGCAGGCGGCAGCUCCCGGGCCGGGCUGUCCCGCUCCCUGCACCGGGCCGAGGCGAUGCUGCGCAGCUGCGUCAGCCCCGGGAUCCUCCGGCUGCGCGGGGCCCGGCCCGGCGGCUCCAACGCGUCCGACAGCGACGGGGAACCCGAGGAGCCCGACGGGGCCGGUAACGAUGCGGCCGAUGUGGAUGAUACGGACGAUGCGGAUGAUACGGACGAUACAGACGCUGCGCAGCUCCUGGCGGUGCAGGUUGAGCGGAGCUUCCAGGGGCUGCGUGGCUCGUUCCGCGCGUGGGAAAACCCGCGCACCGAGACGUUCCACGGCCACGUGCUGCCGCCGCCCGCCGCCGCCUUCUGCUUCCACGCCGCGCACCCACGCGUGGCCGAGCGCUGCGCCGCGCUGCACGCGCUGCUCCUGCACCGGCACCAGCUGCGCGUGGCCCGGAGCUACAGCCGCCGCCUCAAGGGCGGCUCCGACUUCGUCCGGCGGCUGCUGGGCCCGGAGCCGGAGCCGGAGCCGCGGGCGCUGCGGGCGCUGUGCGAGGAGCUGCGGGUUCACGCCGGGCACUGGGCCGCGCUGCGGCGGCGGAUGCGGGGCGACGCGUGGCUGCGGCCGCUGCUGCUGCGGCGGCACGAGGCGGUGCGGUACAUGCGGCGGGCGCUGCGGCUGCUGGCGCUGCAGGCGGCGCUGCUGCUCGAGCGGCGUUUGGAGGCGGCGCUGCGCGGGGCGAUGCGGGACGGGACCCCCCCGGCGCUGCUGGGCGACCUGUUCCGAGGCCUGGACACCUACAACCGCGCGCUGGGGGAGCUGGGCCCGGAGCCGCGCUGCGCUGCGGGGAUGCGGCCCCGCGCCUUCCCCCUGCGGCGGGUGCUGGCGCUGCUGGCGGCCGAGCGGGGCCGGCGGGCGGCCGAGAACCUCGCGCGGCUCCUGCGGCCCCGAGACGGCGGAUCCGCGGGGGAGGAGGAGGAGGAGGAUGCGGGGCGGGACCUCCCCGAGCAGCUGCGGGCGCUGUGCCUCGACGACGAGCGGCUCGUGGUCCCCGCGCUGCAGGUGCUGGUGGCCUCCGCCGACGGCCUUUGGCGCUCCGCCCUCGCCGUUCCCACCGGGAGCCCCGCGGCUCCGUCCCCGCGGCCGGGCUCGGCCCGCAAGGCGGUUCGCUGGCUGGACGCGACGCACGCGGCGGCGGCCGAGGCUCUGCACGCCCGGUACCGCCCGCUGUGCUGGGAGGCGGCCGGCGCCGCGCUGGGUCCUCGGCUGGAGCUGGCGGCCGGCGGGACGGGAAGCGCCGUCGGCGCCGCGCGGGAGCUGCAGCGGGCGCUCGGUGCCGGCCGCAUCCCCGCGGAGUGCGAGGAGGAGCUGGGGCGGCUGUGCCGGCGGCUGCAGUGCCGGGGCGCCCUGCUGGCCUGGCAGCGAGACUUCGCCCUGGCGCUGGGCUCGGGGCUCAGCGAUCGCUGCGCGGUGCCGGAGCUGUCGGACGGCGCGGCGCACAGCGGCACAGCGCGGCUCCUACAGCGGCUCUACCCGGCCCUGAGCUCCGCCCUGCGGAACCUGCCGGACGGUCCGGACGGCGGCCCCCCCGGCUCCCCCUGCCUGCGCCUGCAGCUGCUGGGCUGCUGCCUGGCCACGGCUCAGGCCUCGUGCUCCUGGCUGAUGGGCAAAGCCUUCCAGUACCUGGCCGCGUGGUCCCUGCCGCAGUUCCUGCUCGUCACGCAGGGAGACCUGCAGCUGCUGAAGGCCGAGACGGACGCGCUGCAGCUGCUGGUGAACGCGGCCUUCCCGGAGCCCGAGGGCGGCCCGCAGCACCUCGAGCCCCACCGGCGGCUGCGCUCCCACCACGAGAGGUGGCUGUGCCUGCAGAUCCGAUCCGCGGCCAACAGCAUCCAGGUACGGCCGCUGUUCGCGGGGGACGUGCUGAAGCUCUUCUCCACGGACUGCAAGCGGAUGUCGGCGGAGAUCUUCGAGCAGACCAUGCCGCUGGGCCGGCACUGGAGGCUCGGCCUCAGAGCCGAGCUGCCCAGCUCCCCCAGCGAAUACGCGGCGGCGGCGGCGCAGUCGGUGCUGGGCCAGGUGCUGCAGGGCGCCCAGCUGCUGCCCCGCGACUCGCAGGUGCCCACGUUGGCACGAGUGCUGACGGCGUUCGUGGAGGCGUGGAUGGAUCAUAUCCUGGCACGGAAGAUCAAGUUCAGCCUGCAGGGCGCUCUGCAGCUGCAGCGGGACUUCGCGCUGGUGCGGCAGCUGGUGCAGUGCGAGCAGUACGGGCUGGAGCCCGACACGCGGCAGGAGCUGCUGUCCCUGCGGAUCCUCCAGCAGAUGGACGGCGCCAUCCUCUGCCUCCUGCAGCAGCCCAGCGGAAAGGCCUAUCUGCCAUCCCACGGCUGGAGCUCCCUGCGGCACUGCUGUUCCAACCACGGUGGCCGCGCACAGGAGCUGGGCGCCAGCAGCCUGCACAGCCUGGACACCCUGGAGGCAGCGGGGCCCCCCCCGCCCGUUCCCGGCGCAGACGCCCCCGGCCGGUCCCGCGGCGCCCCCCCCGAGUCGUACCUGUCGGCCGGGCAGCAGCAGUGGUUGGCGCUGCGGCUGCACGGAGCGCGGCGCUGGCGGGUCCCGGGGCUGCCCUGCAUGGCCAAGAGCCCCGAGGGCUGAGCGCAAUAAAACCACGUGGCGCUGA